AGGUGGUCUGAGUACUGAGUAAUAAAAUCAGUGAAUAUUCCCAUAGAAAGUCAAGAGAAGAGAAAGUGAAGUUUCAUGCACAGAGGAAGGGGUUUCUGUAUUUGCUUCACCCACAUCCUCAAGAUGAGAGAUGAAUUAACCACGACAGAACAUGAACGGUACCCUGUGAUCAGACUGUUAGGUGCUCUAUAGACACUUGGAUGUAGCUUUUCACAGAUUGGAACCUUGUAAUUUUUUAACAAGUUUGCCGACAUGGAUAAACUUUGUUCUAAGCUUCUUAAUUACUGCCUGAUGAAGUGUUCCGUACAAAAUAUGGCUGUAGAAGUUGUCUGUCUUGCAUAUGCAUUCCUUUUUGGAGUAGCAGCUUUUGGGCCUACACCAAGGACAGUAUGGAAGGUUACAGAAACAGAUUUAAUAAUGUUCCGAAGUCCUGAAGUUUAUAACUAUUCAGUACUGCUGUUGAAUGAAGAUAGUGGUGUUUUGUAUGUUGGAGCACGGGAUGCCAUCUUUGCACUGGAUAUGUUAGACAUUCAAAAGAUACAGAAACAGGUGUCCUGGCCAGUUUCCGAAGAAAAACAGAAUAGCUGCUACACAAAGGGCAAGUCUAAAGAGACUGAGUGUCGCAAUUAUAUCCGUGUCUUACAACAGCAAGAUGACAGUAACCUGUACGUAUGUGGAACAUAUGCAUUUCAGCCUGUUUGUGAUCGCUUGUCAAUAAGUGAGUUCACAUUUGAAGAGAAACAAGAGGAAGGCAAGGGAAAAUGUCCCUUUUCUCCUACUCAGAGUUACACAUCUGUAAUGGUUGAUGGUGAACUCUAUGCAGGAACUGUAAACAAUUACUGGGGAAGCGAGCCGAUUAUUACACGUAGCUCACAGCAGUCAACACUGAGGACCGAAUAUUCAAUACCUUGGCUAAAUGAACCCAACUUUGUUUAUGCUGAUGUUGUGAGAGAAAAAAAUCUGGAUGGUGAUGAUGAUAAAAUCUACUUUUUCCUCACAGAGACUGCCGUAGAAUUUGAAUUCUUCACUAAGCUAUUGGUUCCCAGGAUUGUGCGAGUGUGUAAGGGUGACCAAGGAGGACAAAGAACAUUGCAGAAGAAAUGGACUUCCUUUUUGAAAGCAAAACUAGCUUGUUUCUCACCAGAACUUAACUUUGUUUUCAACGUUGUUCAUGAUGUUUUUAUUCUUAAAACCCCAAGUUGGAAGGAUACAGUCUUUUAUGGUGUCUUCACAUCUCAGCUGAACAAUGCUGGUGUGUCAGCAGUUUGUGCCUUCAAUAUGACUUCUGUAGAAACAGUAUUCACAAAGGGAACAUUCAUGCAGAGUGUCAUAUGUGACCAAACACAAACAAAAUGGUUGCAGUCCAGUAAGGAGAUACCAAGCCCACGACCUGGAAUGUGCAUAAACAAUGAGGCCAGAGCACAGAAUAUUAACAGCUCUCUCCAGUUACCAGACAAGACACUUCAAUUUAUUAAAGAUCACCCUUUAAUUUAUGACCCAGUGACCCCUGUUGGAAACAGACCCAAACUGAUAAAGGCAGGUGUGAACUACACGCAGAUUGCAGUAAAGAGAGUGCAGGCAUUUGAUGGGAACCUGUAUGACGUACUCUUUCUUGGUACAGCUGAAGGAGCCUUGCACAAAGCUGUCAUUUACGAUACUGAAGUACACAUCGUUGAAGAAGUACAGCUGUUUUCCAACAGAGUACCAGUUGAGACACUGCUGUUGUCAUCUAAAGAGGGCGUAAACUAUUUGUAUGCAAGUUCCAGCACUGGGGUUGUUCAGUCUCCACUUGCUUUCUGUGAGAACUACAAGACCUGCACAGACUGCAUUUUAGCAAGAGAUCCUUUAUGUGCAUGGAAUUCAGGGGGAAAUGUUUGUGUUAGCAUUUAUAAACCAGGACUGGAUCAGAGCAGUUUGGUGCAGCAGCUCUCUGGUGAUUCAUCUACUUGCAAAGAGGUUGAUGAAGGAUAUGAGACGUAUCCAGUCCAGAUAUUAAAACCUGGAGAAGUAGCUAAAAUGGUAUGCCAUAUUAAGUCACAGCUAGCUUAUGGCAUUUGGAAGUUCAAUGAAACAGAAAUGAUAAUUUCAACAGACAGUCCAAAGUAUUAUCUUCAUUCAGAAAUGUUGCUGAUUUUUAAUGUAUCUCAAGGGGAUUAUGGGUUGUAUGAAUGCUUCUCACGUGAAAAAGUAAAGAAUAAGUUCCAUUCCCAUAAGAUGGCAGGGUAUAUUCUUAAAGCCCCACCCAUUGUGCACCACACAGCAACUGCUUCUGUUACAUCAACAAUACAAAUCACCAUGGAGUCAUCCAUGCAGUCUACAACACACUCAGCAAGUUCUUCCGCUUUUACAAGUAACAUGGAUACUACGAGAAACCCUACUGUAGAACUGUUGAGUUCAACUUUGGAAACACUACCUACAACAGUAGCCCCGCUAAAAACAACAUUUGUUGUUUCAACAAUUUCUGCAGCUGAAGCAUCACAAACCGUAACAUGUCCUUCUUUUCAAAGAGUUGACUAUUUAGAAUCCAAAGACUGUGGUAUUUAUGCAGCUUUCUUAGCAAUAUUUUGUUCACUUUUUCUAAUCCUUUUGUGGUACAGUUUUUACAAGGGUUUCUUACCAAAUGUUCGCUCAUAUUGUUCAGCGUUAAGAAGUAAGAAGUCUACUUCAGAAUUAGCUGACUGUGAACGAGGCCAAAAAGAGGGACUAAUGCAGAAACCAUGUCUAAACAAUGUACAGAGCCAGCAGAAUGAGCAACCCAAGUCAGUCCAUGAUUCAGGAUAUGAAAUGGAGCCAGACUGUGAAAACGGUAAAUUAGUACAUGAAGAAACAUCACAGGAAGCAGUCACUGAGAAAGAUAAGCCUUUCGAUGUAGCAUCAAACCUUAAAUAUGUUGAUUCUGAUGGGGAAGAGUGACACUGCUUUGUACUGUGAAUGUUUUCAAGAUGUUUAUUAUGACCAAAGUAGAGAUUGCCAGACUCAGAAUGUAUGGUCCAGCAUUUAAUCCACUUAACUGACCAGCAGUGACAUUAUGUCAGAGGUCACAGUUUCACUGUUAUGUAUGUUCAUUAAUUUUGGACACAGCCAACCUAACAUCUGCUAACUGACAUUGGUUACAAACAGAAAAUAAAAAAGUUACUUUUGAGAAUAUAAUGGAAGUGAAUAUCCAGUACUGAGGUAUGCUACAAAGUUUUUCAGCAAAUAUUGUAAAACAGCUGUACUUCUCAUUUUAAGAUUCCUACAGAAUUAUUGUAUAGUCCCCAGUUUCCAGUAUAUUUUUUCAAAAGUAUGAGCAUGACAGUAUGCUUUGCUCUUUCUUCACUUACGGUAACUACUUCAGUCAAUACGCAUGCUCUCAAGUAGACUACUCUUCUGUAAAAAGAGAUUUCUGGAAUGGAAAGAAAAAAAUAUAUGUUUUUUGUAAGCUGUAGUUAGCAAACACAACUUGCUGACUUGUAAUUUCCAGAUUGGAAAAUGGCUAGUUUAUCAGAUUGGUAAUUACAAGGCAGUCGCCCUUAUUUGGACAAGUCAUUGUACGACUGAAAGAUUCUCUUGUACUAGAAAAGACUCUGUAAAUGAGUACAGAAGUAAAACGGAAGUGAUUGGAUCUGAUAUAUAGAAGAACUUCCAGUUCUAUUUUGACUUUUAAGAAAUUCUCAGGGAUACAAUUUUUUUUUUCUUUGCAAAUGGCUCUUCCAUUUUUCCUUUUGUGGAAAAUAGUGACAUAAUUGUUCCAUUAUGCUGUUUUUUGAGACAAUUUGUAUUUUGUUAGAACAGCUGAGACUGUUAUUCUGUGUGUUGAUGAAAGGAGUUACAUAUUUUUAUAUUAAUUAAAAUACUGUAAAUUUGUACAGGUAGAUAGCCAUAGUACUUCUGAGGUACAUUGUUCUGAGAGGUUCGUGAACUGUGGAAGUGUUUUGGGUUAAAUGAUGAAAACUAUUACAAAAUGCUGAUGAAAUGAUAAGCAGAUAUAGGUUAACUUGCAAAAGAAGGAGAGUACAAUACAGUGCUACUCUGAUUGCAGACUGAAUUUCAGGAAGCAGAUUUCUAAUUAUGGUUGAUAAGCUGCAAGUACAUUCAGGCUACUUAACUGUGACAUUCAAGGUAACAUCUGAUUUCCAAACUGUAUCAUAAGCAGUUCUUUUUGCUGAAGUUAAUUUUCAGAUUGUUUUUAAUCUGCAUCAGCAAAACAUUUCCAUGUAAAGAAAUAAAAUAACAUAUUGUUUUA